AUGUCAUACGGCCCUCCGCAGGGUCAACCUCCGUACGGAGGACAGGGUCAGGGCUAUGGGUACCCUCCCCCCCAGGGGCCCCCGCAGUAUGGCGGAUAUCCUCCUCCGCAGGGAGGAUUUCCCCCUCAACAGGGAGGUUAUGGCGCACCUCCUCCUCCUCCUCAACAUCAACAACACUUUGGAGGCCCGCAGCAAGGUGGUUGGGGGCCUCCUCCUCCUCAAGGAAGUCCUUUCCCGGGACAAUAUGGCGGAUAUGGCUCUCCUCCCCCCGGCGGCUAUCCUCCACAACAACAAUACCAGCAGCAAUAUGGCCCCCCUCCCGCGCAACCCUCGCCUGGCUACGUCCUCGGCGCGCAGGCGCAAGGUGAUGCAUCGCGCGACGCAGAAGCCCUGCGUGGUGCCAUGAAAGGGUUCGGCACUGACGAGAGAACCUUGAUCAACAUCCUGUCGAAACCGGACCCCUUGCAGAUGGCUCUGCUGAGAAAUACCUACAACCAGCGCUUCCACCGCGAUCUGGAGAAAGACAUCAAGUCGGAAACAUCAAAGCAUUUCCAGGACGGGCUGGUCGCGCUUGUGCAGGGCCCGCUUAUGCAUGAUGUACACAGUGUCCACGGAGCGAUCAAAGGGCUAGGGACCAAGGAGUCGGUCUUGAAUGAUGUUUUGUUGGGUCGUUCGAAUGCCGACAUGCGCGCGAUCAAGCAGGCGUAUCAGCAGACGUACAGACAUACUCUGGAAGCAGACGUCAGGGGUGAUCUAUCGCUCAAGACGGAGAAGUUGUUCGAUAUGGUCAUGUCGGCCACGCGAAACGAGGAGUCCACGCCCAUCAUCCCCACGGAGCUCGAGCGUGACUGCUCCGAGCUGCAUCGCGCCAUGGAUGCGCGCGUCGGCACCGAUCAGAUCACCGUGUGCGCGAUUCUCAGCAGGCGGUCUGAUGGCCAGAUCCGCGCCAUUGCACACCAUUGGCACCAGAUGUACCGCUCGUCGCUUGAAAAGGUGAUCGAAUCCGAAUUCUCGGGGCACAUGAAAGAUGCGCUGCUCUUGAUGGUGCGGAGAGCGUCUGAUCGUGCAAUGUCCGAUGCCACGCAACUGGAAGAUGCGAUGGCAGGACCUGGCACGAAAGAUGUUUUGCUCGUCCAACGGGUGGUUAGGGUGCAUUGGGAUAGGAUGCAUUUGGACCAGGUCAAGCGCGCCUAUGCGCACCGGUACAAGAGAGAUCUGAUCCAAAGAGUCAAGGGUGAGAUCCACUUUGACAAGCACUAUGAGAACCUAAUGGUUGCUUGCUUGUCUUGA